AUGUCUUCCCUCGGGGGCUACCAGAUUGGCUACACGGCCUUGUCCGCCCUGUAUAUCACGCCUUUAGCUGUGUUGUGGUUCGUCAGCUUCUGCCUCGCGCGUACGAAACAGGACCCCGCGCGCGUUGGCAUCAGCUGGUUGAAGGCAGUGUUUCCCGUCUGGAUUUUUGGGUUGCUACUCGUUCUCGCCAGCGGCAGCGUGCAGCUUUGGAUGCGGUAUGACGAGAACGGUUACUACAGUGACUGGUCGGCCGUGGUGCGAGCUGUUGACCACGUUUCUGCUACGGGCAACUUCCUACUGCAGCUUGCCAGCAUCUUCCUCUUCAUUACCUUCGUCGAGCUCGCAGGCGGUUACAUGUUCUGCCUUAAAAACCCCAACGAGACAAGCCGAACCCAUAAAUUUGGCCGUAUCAGCAUCUUGGUAUGGAGCGUUGUCCUCUUCGCCAUGGUCCUCUCCGUCUUCGCCCUCCGCCACUCGUACGUCGUCAAAUACGCGGAUGUAUAUGAUCGCUAUGACACAGAGGCUAGUUUUAAAGCCCGAUUGACCAACACGCGCAUGGAACUCGCUGUCAGAAUCCUCUUGUGGCUCACUAGCAUCCCCAUGGUCGGUUUGGCUUCGUUUACCGUCCACAAGACCAAGAAUCACCAGCUCCUCCGCAGUGUAUGGCCCCCUUCUCCCCUGCCCAUGGUCGAGCAAAUACUUAGUAUUUCACAGGGCUCUAUCAUCUUUCUGGUGGCUACCAUCCUCGACCUCAUCCGCCAUCUCAUCAACAUGGCCAUCUUUGCGGAAGGCUACGUCGACCUGGCCGUCACCUUCAUUGUCGAGCCCUUCUUCAACUUCACUCUCAUGUUCGUCGUGCUCGUCAUGCUCUUCGCUCUGGCCAUUCGCAAGGCCACCGGCCUGUGGUCCAAACCACAGCCGGACUGGGCCUAUCCGACGGUGACGUUCGUCCAUACUAUGCCAUACCCCCCGGGGCAAGUGCCCGUAGGCAUGGUACCGGGACAGCCGCAGUAUAUGCCGCAGCAGCAGCCGAUGCAGGGCGUGCCGGCGUAUCUCCAGGUUGCACAGCAGCAACAGGGGCAACAGCAAGGAUAUUACUACUACCCCCAGCCGACACAGCAACAACCUCAACAGAUGCAGCAACAACCUCAGCAGAUGCAGCAACAGCAGCAGCAGCAGCAGCCCCAACAACCUCAGCCGGUAUACCAGCAACAAACCCAGGAGCAGCCAAAGACAACUGAGAACGUCUAA